AUGGAAACACUUUACACACUGGAAGGAUAUACAUUUAAAGAGCUGCUUGGAGAGGGGAUGUAUGCUGAAGUGUAUCUCGCAGAAAAGGAUAAGAAUUCGGUUGCAUUGAAGGUUAUACCCAAAGGAAAGCACAGAAAGAGAGGAACUAUGCAUGCGAAAAAGGAGAUUGCUGCGCUAAGCAAGCUGGGCGACACACCGGGUGUGGCUCACAUGAAGGAAUGGAAAGAGAGUGACAGCCUCUUCUUUAUUUCACUGUCGUACUUUAGGGGGUACAAUCUAUCGAAUCUUCCAUCUAUGCUGACUCAUAAUGAAGUUUUAUGCACCAGCCUCUCUAUUCUCGAAACUCUUAUGAGAAUGCACCAAUUCGGGGUAUACCACCUAGACAUUAAACCAGCGAAUGUAAUUGUAUCUAGGCAUGGUGUGCACUUAGUGGACUUUCGGCUGCUCAGUGGUUUCCUCAGAAGAGACAAUAAGCGGAAGCAUGCUUCCAUAUGA